CUCAGUUGUAAUUUUACAGGUCAUCACACGCAGCUGCAGCGCUUGGACCAUGAAGUCGAGGCGGCCAAGAGGUCUGCAUUUGCCGCGGGUACCUACGCUAACUUACGGACUCAGUGGAAAGCGUUCCUGUUGUUCUGUGAGUAUUUCCGGCUUACAGCCAUUCCCACAGACGCGAGGACUCUGACCAGAUACGCUCAGUUCCUCUCACGCUCCUUGAAGAGCCCCAGCACGGUCCAGAUCUACAUCCACGGUGCCAGACUGCUCCAACGAUUCCACGGGUGCGAGCCUCCGCCAUCUGACGCGUUCGAGCUACGUCUUGUACUUUCCUCGUUCCGCCGACAAUCCCUGCACGUUCCGCAGCGUAAACUUCCCAUUACUCCGGCUAUCCUACUACGGCUGCGGGAUCACCUGGAUCUAAAUAGACCGCUUCAUGCCACCUUGUGGGCGGCAUACACCGUUGCCUUCUUCACACUACUUCGGAAGUCGAAUCUCGUGCCUAAGACAACGUCUGCGUUUGACCCAGGCAAGCACCUGACUCGGGGUGCUAUCCGUGUCACUUCGGACGGACUUGUGGUGCGUAUAACAUGGUCCAAGACUCUACAGUUCAAGCAGAGGGUCCUGCUGCUUCCUGUGCCGGCCAUUCCCGGCCAUCCCCUGUGCCCACGACAUGCGUACGUCAACAUGUGCAGCCUUCUCCCGGUUGGAUCGGACUCUCCAGCCUUCCUCGUGCCGGGCUCGGCGGGCAGGUUGGUAUCAUUGACACAUGACUCUCUGGUGGCACAUCUCAAAACUCUGCUCGCGGCCGCUGGACUGCCGUCCGGUGACUACUCCGGUCAUAGUUUCCGCCGCGGCGGAGCGACAUUCGCUUGGCAUUGCGGAGCAGAUCCUCAGCUCAUCAAACUGCUCGGUGACUGGAGCUCGGACGCUUUCCAGUCGUACCUUGACAGCUCCUUCGAGCAGCGACGUUCGUUCGCUACUCUACUUGCGACCAGAAUCAACCAAGGUUUCCUGGAACCGGACCGGGCCGCAGUAUAGACUCAUACGAACUCUUCACGAACUCACGUUUAUUGUUCUACUGUUGAUUUAUCCGAUGCCUUGUACGGCAUCUUGUUCUCAUGUAUAUAUAUCAUGUCUUAGCACUAGUUUGACUACCUGUAUUAGGCAUGACAGGGCAGUCCUCCGUAUCUCCCGUUACUGCUACUAGCGGCCCUGCUCUGAGCCAGUUUUGUACCGUUUACAUAACAGACUUGGUGAACUUCCAUGUUAGUACCUAGUAGUUCCCGUUGUUCAGCUUGUCCGUCAGUUUCGCCUUAUUAUCUACCAAUUUCGCAAUAUGCUUCGGUUCUUUAGCUCACUCAUUGUUAGCCAGUUGUCGCCGCACCGCAGUGUCGGCUCUUGUUGUACCAGUUCACUAUCAGCCCCUCGGCGCUUGUUCUACGGAUUCAUUGUUAGCCCUCGGCCCUUGUGGCCUUUGUUUCGGCUUCCCUCCCUCCGCCUCUGGCCUCACUACUACACUUACUGCACUCUCCCCACCCUACUCUCUCCCUAUGGGCUUGGUCUCGGUGGAUUUGAAAUGUUACAUUAAAAUUUUUACCAAGCCCAGCACCUGUAUUGUCAUCUUGAGUGAGAGUGCAGAUAAUUGUCAGUAUUUGGGGCGCAGAACCAAAUCAGUUAAUUGACUGCACGGAAAUGACUUCUGACCUCCGACCUGAGGUCGCAUUCGGUUUCCGUUCUAAUAGCGUGCUUAGUGCAGUCACUCUAGCAAAUCCUCGAAAAAAUCCUCCCA